AUGGGGCAGGGGAUGUGCUGCGGUGCCUGGGGCGCUCCCGCUCCCGGCACGCAGGCAGGGCCCGGGACCCCCGCCCGUGGGGCUCCUGGCGCCCGCCUCGGGCUCUGGGGCACGGCGGCCUCCCGGUCCCCGGCGCCGCUCGGCGCCUUCGUGUCCUCCAGCAGCCCCGAGCUGCUGCUCCGCCAGCGCGUGCAGGUGACCCGGCACCAGCGCACGCGCCACCGGCACCUCCUGCUGUUCCCGCACGCCAUCGCCAUCGCCACCUUCAAAUGCGGCUCCAUCCUCCGGCUGAGGCACCGGGUGCUGCUCAGCCAGCUGUGGGUGCUGUGCCGCGACGAGGCGGUGGCGGCGGCCAGCCCAGAGCACGACGAGGAGGUCUUUGGCCUUAAGACCAGCCAGACCCUCAUCCUCGUCUGGACCACCGGCCUCUGCGUGGUCACCUUUGGGCAGAGCCAAGGAGCCCCGGGAGCCAGGGUCACCCGCCUGCCCUCCCUGCGGCUCCUCACCAAGGUGGUCGGCUUCUACGGCCCCGAGGCGUCGCUGACGGCCAGGACCGUGGAGGCGCUCAUUUUGGCAGAGGCUGCAGCCAAGCAGUGCCCCCGGGCGGACCCUUCAGCCGUCGAAGAGGCACUUUGCUGCUCGGCUGCAGACGGAGCCAAGGGAGGGCGGAAGGUGGCGAUCUCAUGGCCCCUGGCUUGGAGAGGAACCUCUGCCACCGGGGACUGCCCAGGGCAGCUAGGCUCCGGCCCCCAGCUGUCUCUCUUUGGGCAGCCUCUGGCCCUCAUCUGCGGGCCAGGUGAUGCCCUGCCCCAGCCAGUCCAGGAGCUCCUGGACCUACUCUACGAGAGAGGCCCGGCCACCGAGGGCAUUUUCCGGAAGGCGGCCAACGAGAAGGCACGCAGGGAGUUGAGGGAAGAGCUGGACAGAGGCACGCAGGUUGAUCUGUCAAGCAAACCCGUGCACCUGCUGGCAGUGGUGCUGAAGGACUUCCUGAGGAACAUCCCCUGCAAACUCCUCGUGGCCGACCUCUAUGACAACUGGCUGCUAGCGCUGGAGAAAUCCAGCCUGCAGGAGAAAAUUGCAGGCCUGAGAGAGGUGGCUGGCCUGCUGCCUCCAGCAAACCGCCUCUUGCUCCGGCGCUUGCUCUCUGUGCUCCACCACAUCAGUGAAAGUGCAGAGAGCAACCGGAUGGAUGCCAGCAACCUGGCGAUCUGCGUGGGGCCAAACAUGCUCAGCCGCGACAUGGACACCACGCUCCCACUGGCCGUGCAGAAGGAGAGCAACGACAAGGUGACGCUCUUGGUGGAGCUCCUCAUCCACAACUGCGCAGCAGUAUUUGGGGAUGACGUUGCCUCGACCGAGGAGUCACGGGAGCACACAGGCAGCUCCACAGAAGACAUCUGUGCUGCUCAGCAGAACAGUGCUGCCUGCAACAGCCCCGAGCCUGCAGCUGAAGGCAGCCCUGUGAACUGCCACCAGGAGCAGCAGCCCAAAGCAGCAAGUGCUUUGGGGAGCAGCACCUAUCCCACCUGCCUCUCUGCCCCUCCGCUGACUAAUCAGAAGAAGGAGGUCAGCAACAUGCCCAGGAGCUUCUCAGAGGCAGACCUGUCCUGCCAGAGCAGCAGCCUGGAAGGCAGGAGAUGGGAUCCGGAGGCAGCCAAAAGAGAGGAGCCUUUUCCCAGUCAGGAGACAAAGUGCAGCGUGGAGAAGGGGGCUCUGGAAACAACGCCUUGCCAUCCUGCAGGCACGCUUGUCAAAUGGCACUCCCUUCCCACAAUAUCCUCCGGCUGCUCCCUGCAACUCCUUUUCUCCUCUGAUGGCUCAGUCUUCACCACCUCUUCACUAGUUUCACUCCCGAGCCCCCCCCCCCCAAAAAAAAAAAUCUUUCCGAUGAACGCCCAGGCUUUUCCCAUCAAGCCCAAGGAGGACAGCUGCCCACCCGGCACACACAUCAGGAAGCGCUGCAGGGCGUUCUCUUGUGCAAAACACAGCAAAGCGCUCAAAAAAGUCCCACAUUCUGGAGACCUGGAAGAGUCUCAGCAGAGGCAUCUCCAAGGCAUCUGCUCAGGGACAGAGUUUCUGCCCUGA